UGUCUCUGAUUGGCUGAUUUCACUGUUUUGCCGGAUGACAGGUCUGGUCAUGGCGGAGGUCAGCGGCUGUGUCUGGAGCGGGGCGCAAAAACUCUGUGUUUUUAAAUCGCUCCGGACGCGCUGUCACUUUCACCCGCUGCGUCUGACGGGAGCUCGCGCGUACAGCUUCCGUGCGGCCGGCGAUUCCUCCGCCCCGCUCCACCGCAGCCGAACCGCCUAUUACGACAUCCUGAAAGUGUCCCCGAACGCCACGCAAGCCCAGAUCAAGAGCGCCUACUACAAGCAGUCGUUCCUGCACCACCCGGACCGGAACCGCAGCCGCAGCGAGGAGGCGGCGCGGAGCUUCGCGCUCGUGGCUGAAGCCUACAGUGUGCUCGGCAGCAGCGGCCUCCGGAGGAAGUACGACCGCGGCAUACUCAACCAGACGGACGUGCAGAACGCCGGGAGACCGUCUUCCUCAGACGCGUCAAAGCCUCGACGCGCCCCGAACGCGUCCAAGAGCGGCGGCGACGCGUACUUUGACUUCGACGCGUUCUACCAGGCGCAUUACGGCGAGCAGCUGCAGAGAGAGAAGCUGAUGAGACUCAGACGAGAGCAGCUCCAGCGGCUGCAGCAGGAGAACUUCCGCAAGUGGAAGCAGGAGAAAGUGACUGAGGUGACGGUCGCGUUUCUGCUGGUGUGCGGAGGCGUCAUCCUCCUGAGCCUGAGGUCCUGAAGCGGUGUUUUAAUGACUGCACAUGUUCACAGAUGGACCUGAACUCUCUUAGCAGUCAGCGGGGGUCUGUGUGUUUUCUGUCAGGUUAUUUAUUUUCAGGAAUGGAAUUAUUAUUCACGGUGAAAUGUGAUUUAGCCUAAAAAGGUAAAAACAAUAAUAAACAACAAUCCACUGUG